CACUUUCAAUGUGGCUAUUGAGGUAUUCUCAUACCCUGUUCACCCGAACAAAGGGACCUUCGAGAUCCCCACUCUAUACGAGAUAAUAUGACAAAAUCAAUUGAGUGCGGUUUCCCAUCACAAGCGCCUCACAUAAUGCCGCAAUAUUGUGAGUUCAGAAAGCCCCUGUCGGAGCUGAAUGGAGCUACGCUGGAUUUGUCAAAGUUGGUUGCGAAACGAUUCCGCUUCCUAGUCAUUGACUCGUUACUCAACGACCAAGUCCUGGAAAUCAUUUCCUUCUCAGCUCUACCGACAGAUGGGAACCGUUUUGCCACGAUUUCUUACCCAUGGCAGGGCCUGACUCCUCUUGUACCCCCCUCACUUGGCCAAUUCUCAGUCAAAGGUGCCGAAAGUGGCGGGUCGAUCAGUGUAAAUGUCUUGAGGACAUGCUGCCGGGCCGCGAGACAAUAUCGUCAUAGAAUAGGCCCUUGUGAUCUGUUGUGGAUAGACCGCUUGUGUAUAAAGCAGCAGGAUAAAGAAGACAAAAAUUGGCAAAUCCGGCAUAUGUUCGAUAUCUACAGGAGUUGUGCCGUGUGCCUGGUUCUUCCUGGUGGCCUGGGAAGACUAAUCGAUCCGACGGAGCGAUCAACAUGGGCUCAGCGAGCUUGGACGCUACAGGAAGCGAUUGCUCCACCAAUUGUGCUGGUUGUGUUUCAAUGGAAAUUUCCAGACUUGUACGGCGGCCGUGACUGCGAACCUGUCGGAACAAUAGAGCCAUUCAAUUCGGGUGCGUUAUCAUUGGAGGGUUUAGUUGUGGCGGUCCGCAAAGGGUUAUGGGUGUACUCAAGAUUGCGUCGCCCCGGGGACCCUGGGUACGAUGUAGUGCAAGAAGAACUUUCACGAUUACGCGGGAUCGACUGCAUAUCAUUCAGUGAGGGCUCUCUAUCAAAGCCCGGCUCGUCUCAAUUUGAAGAAUUCUCGGAUCAUGAGGAAGACAGGACUGAGAUCCGCUUUCGAAUGCAAACCAUUACAAGCGAUCAGGCAUACCUUCUUUGGCUUACCUCAGAAACAUCAAAGCCAAAUGACUUUGGUGAAGUUAACAGCGACAAACUACAAGUGGCUCUGUGGAAGGCAACAUGGAUACGAAGUUCUUCUCGGCCAGUUGACAUGGUAUUUAGUAUCAUGGGGCUGUUCGGUGUGAGCCUAGAUCCUAGCAAAUUCCACCGAGAUGACCGGGUGGGAGCAACCUUGGCCCUGGCCUCGGCUGCGCUGCAGAAAGGUAGUACUGCUGCAUGGCUUGGGGCAUAUCUCGAGUUGGAUCCAUGUCCCUUCAUGUCUAGCUUUCCUCCAAUUCCAAACACUUCGGAAAGUGGAGGCUGCACUAACAAAACAGCAACCGGUUUGAUAAAUGUCGAAGAUCUGGUAAAUGUGAUGAACAUCGUAUUGCCGGCACGCUCAGCUACGCUCGAUAGUCAAGGCUAUUUGCAUCUCAAAAGCCAGGCAUUCCCCCUCGUUCGAAGUGAGGAAGGUUCAAGCUCAUCUGCAAAUCACAUAUCUGCUCAGAAUGGGGCAUGGGUCCUCGAUUCUUCCAAUAAAGGACACAGUCGGUAUUAUGCAAUCACAUUCGGCAGAAGAGUAUGGAUUGUACCGGGUGCGGAGCCUUGCUUGAUAUUCGCAGAUCCCAUUGUGCUCAUUAUCGUUGAACGACAUUCCACGAAACCCGACUUAUUCCACAGAAUAUCCCAUGCUAGUGUCACAGAGGACUUUAUUGCAAAGUGGGAGGAGUAUGAAUUUGCUAUUGGGGGUCCAAACAAAUUUGGCUCGUAACCAAUAGCCAUUGGAAAGACACCCGGCAUUUCUCCAUAUUCUGGCCCCAAUUCAAUAUUUUUCUUUGAAGAAAGAAAGAAAGAGAGACUUCAUUCGGCUAUUCGUGAGUUUCUUAUAGUAUAUUUUGUCGGUAUUAUUAUACCUACAAGUAACACCCCAACACCCCAACAGCAGCCUUGUGGUGCAUAGCAUGCCCCUCAGCUGCAUUUGCCUUCCAGCAGGAAUCACGCUGCCUUCGGGGGAGAGUAUGGGCUGGACAAAUUCUACUUUUGAUCGGAUCAAGGUUAAGCAGUGAAAUAUUUAGAUGUAUAUGAGAGAAAUAAUGAUAGGACUAUCAUGUUCUAUAGUUUCUCUUCCUUGAGUGAAACUUUCUGUGAUUUUAUAAGACUCGAUUCUCGAUUUAUCUGUCAGUGCAAAUUCAUACAGAGCUGAGAUUUUGACUGUUGAAGCUCCUACC